AAAAGUCUUGUCCUUCGACAAAAAAAAAUACGAGUCGUUCUCUGAAAGCUUUCGUUUGAUUACACAAGUGAACUCUGAUGACGACGGAAAAAGGUCAAUCCUCUAGUUCGAAACCCUCCGAUGAUGUUGAUGAUGCAUGGGCCAAACUGGUUCCGUUGGACACGAGAUUCUCAGACAUCGAGAUUAGGUGCAAUGAUAUGGUGAUAUGCUCGGAGAUUAAACCAUCUUCCUCUGAAAAACAUGAAUGGUGCAGAAUCACAAAGAACUUGGGUCAAGGCUCUGCCACUUUACAUAACAAAAGUUCGGAUGCGAUACUUGUUGACGAGACUCUCAUCCCCAAAGAUGGUGCUGUUGAUAUCAUGUCUGGAUCCGAGAUUGUUCCUGGCCCGGGAGGACAAGGUUACUUGCAGUACAGAUUUACAGUAAUGCCUGCUCCAGAUUCCAGAUCCCAGCUACUGAAGAUUUCGAUAGAUCCUGAUCACGCAAAAUGCAGUAUCUGCCUAAACGUGUGGCAUGAUGUUGUCACAGCUGCGCCUUGCCUUCAUAAUUUCUGUAACGGCUGUUUCUCAGAAUGGAUGCGGAGAUCUGAGGCAAGACAUCAACAUGUGCUGUGCCCACAGUGCAGAACAACUGUACAGUUUGUUGGGAGGAAUCAUUUUCUGCAGAACAUACAAGAGGAUAUAUUGAAAGCAGAUGCAGGACUGAGGCGGCCAGCUGAAGAUAUCGCUGUGUUAGACUCAUCUUCAUCAAUUCAAUCAAAUCUUAUCAUUGGGAGCAAGAGAAAACGCCGUAUGAGUACGCUAGUCUCGCCUACACUUGAAGAAAGAGAUAGCUUGCGUUUGCAAUGCCCACAAUGUGCUGCUGCGAUUGGUGGUUAUCGGUGUGAACGCCAUGGUGCACAUCUGCAAUGCCACCUGUGUAGAGGAAUGAUGCCCUUUAGAACCAACCUUCAAGUGCCGUUACACUGCAUGGGAUGUGAUAGGCCGUUUUGUGGUGCUUACUGGAGUUCCCAAAAUGUUACACACGGUGAAUCUACUCCAGUCUGCAGUCGAGACACUUUCAGACCUAUCUCAGAACGCACAGUUACAAGGAUUCCCUCUCUAACCCAUGAAAUGAAUCGCCAUGAACAAGAUAUAACACAAAGAUGCAUUGCCCAGAUGGGGAGAACCGUGCAGGAUGUUGUAGCUGAGUGGUUCAGGCUUUUCAACGAUCGACAAAUCGACCGCUCUCGAAUGCCACUCAAUCAUGCUGAGUCGAUAACUGCAUCAACACAUGUCUGCAAUGAGUGUUAUGAUAAGCUGGUGGGGUUCCUUUUGUACUGGUUCCGGGUAACGCUUAUCAUAGAUUAUUUUCCAGCUGAUGCAGCGGCGAGAGAAAACUGUUGGUACGGAUACGCGUGUAGGACACAACACCACAACGAAGAACAUGCUCGUAAACGUAACCAUGUGUGUCGUCCGACCAGAGGGAACCAUCCCUCUUAGUCCGCAGCUGAUUAGUUAGCUUUUUGGUUAUAUUUGGUGGAUGUUCUCUGUAUGAGUGCGACAUAACUACACUAAGAAACAUUGACUUAUGAAUGUUGAAGUAUACUACUAUUCACAUCUACGUAUCUUCAUGUCUAAUAUCUAAGUGGAUUAUUGAUUAUUGACUUUUAGUAGAUUUUAUAUUAUU